UUUCAAAUGGUAAGAGUGGCAGAACGAAGCGGUGAAGCGAGGGGAGGAGGGUAAGGGAGAGCGAGGGCAACGGAGAAAGGAAAGAGCGAACAAAAAAGAAAGAGAAAAUGGCGGGGGAAACAGUUAGGAUAACGGCUUCGGCGGCCUGUGGCUUCCAUGGCUCCCGCCGUCCCCUCCCUCUUGCUUCCCAUCGCUUCCUGGGGCCUCACUACUUGUUCACCUCCGGCCUCCGCCGAGCCUCCUCCUCCGACCUCUUCGGCGGCCUCCGCCUGAGGCCCAAUUCGAACGCUUCGACGUUGCAGGAAAGGAGAAGGAAGCCCUCCGUCGUUGCCAUGGCUGCCGAUGAGACGAAGCGAAAAGUACCGCUGAAGGAUUACCGCAAUAUUGGAAUUAUGGCUCACAUAGAUGCAGGAAAAACUACUACCACAGAGCGGAUUCUCUACUACACGGGAAGGAAUUACAAGAUUGGUGAGGUACAUGAUGGAACAGCUACAAUGGAUUGGAUGGAACAGGAGCAAGAGAGAGGCAUCACUAUAACGUCUGCAGCAACUACCACCUUUUGGAACAAUCACAGAAUUAACAUUAUUGAUACUCCUGGCCAUGUUGAUUUUACGCUUGAAGUGGAGCGUGCUCUCAGGGUCCUGGAUGGUACUAUAUGCUUGUUUGACAGUGUCGCUGGGGUGGAGCCCCAGUCUGAAACUGUGUGGAGACAAGCCGAUAAAUAUGGAGUCCCUAGAAUAUGCUUUGUUAAUAAAAUGGAUCGCCUUGGGGCUAAUUUUUUUAGAACUAGGGACAUGAUGGUGACAAACUUGGGUGCUAAACCUCUAGUUGUUCAAUUGCCGGUGGGUGCAGAAGACAGCUUCCAAGGAGUUGUUGAUCUGCUGAAAAUGAAAGCUAUUUUAUGGACAGGGGAACAGUUAGGCGCGGAAUUUGUAUAUGAAGACAUACCAGCCGAUCUUCAAGAUUUGGCUCAAGAAUACAGAACCCAGAUGAUAGAAACUAUUGUGGAAUUAGAUGAUAAAGCUAUGGAAAACUAUCUAGAAGGAAUUGAACCGGAUGAGCAAACUAUGAAGAAAUUAAUUAGAAAAGGCACAAUAUCGAGUAGUUUUGUUCCAGUUUUAUGUGGCUCGGCAUUUAAAAACAAAGGUGUUCAACCAUUGCUUGAUGCUGUUGUUGAUUACUUGCCUUCACCAAUAGACUUGCCACCAAUGAAGGGUUCUGAUCAAGACAACCCAGAAAUUACCAUUGAAAGGCCUGCUAGUGAUGACGAACCGUUUGCUGGUCUGGCUUUUAAGAUUAUGAGUGAUCCAUUUGUAGGCUCUCUUACAUUUGUGAGGGUCUACUCGGGGAAGUUGAGUGCUGGUUCUUACGUUCUCAAUGCAAACAAGGGAAAGAAAGAGCGAAUUGGAAGACUUCUAGAGAUGCAUGCUAAUAGUAGGGAAGACAUCAAGUUAGCUUUGACGGGUGAUAUCAUUGCUCUAGCAGGUUUGAAAGAUACAAUCACUGGUGAAACAUUGUGUGAUCCUGAGAAACCUAUAGUGCUUGAACGAAUGGACUUUCCAGAUCCUGUUAUCAAGGUUGCUAUAGAACCCAAGACCAAGGCUGAUGUUGAUAAAAUGGCAGUUGGAUUAAUUAAGCUUGCUCAAGAAGACCCAUCCUUCCACUUCUCUAGAGACGAGGAAAUCAACCAAACUGUUAUUGAAGGAAUGGGGGAGCUGCAUCUUGAGAUCAUCGUCGACCGGCUGAAGAGGGAGUUCAAGGUCGAAGCAAAUGUAGGUGCACCUCAGGUUAAUUACCGUGAAAGCAUAUCAAGAGUCUCAGAAGUGCAAUAUAUCCACAAGAAGCAGUCUGGUGGACAAGGGCAAUUUGCAGACAUUACAGUCAGAUUCGAACCCUUGGAACCAGGAAGUGGUUAUGAAUUCAAGAGUGAAAUAAAGGGAGGAGCAGUGCCAAAAGAAUAUAUCCCAGGAGUAAUGAAAGGGUUGGAAGAAUGCAUGAGCAAUGGCGUGCUUGCUGGCUACCCGGUUGUCGAUGUCCGAGCUGUAUUGGUUGAUGGUUCCUAUCAUGAUGUUGAUUCUAGUGUUCUGGCAUUUCAACUAGCAGCCCGGGGUGCCUUCCGACAGGGAAUGAAAAAAGCUGGCCCGAAAAUGCUGGAACCUAUAAUGAAGGUUGAAGUAGUCACUCCAGAAGAGCAUUUGGGUGACGUUAUUGGUGACUUGAACUCUAGGAGAGGCCAGAUCAAUAAUUUCGGUGAUAAGCCAGGUGGUCUUAAGGUUGUUGAUGCCUUGGUGCCCCUGGCUGAAAUGUUCCAAUAUGUAAGUACUCUUCGGGGAAUGACGAAAGGGCGUGCAUCUUACACAAUGCAGCUUGCCAAGUUUGAUGUAGUCCCACAGCAUAUCCAAAACCAGCUCUCUUCAAAACAGGAAGCAGUUGCAGCUUAAUACAGUUGAUUGCGGAAUUCAUGCAGAUAAGCAAGGCUGUUGGAGCAUGGAAAGUUUCAACCCUUAAGUUUGAGAGGAGAGAAAACAUUUUGUACUUGUAAUAUUUAUUGAAAAUGUAAUAAAGAUAUAUAGACCCACAGUCAUUAUCUCGUAAUUCAUAAAGAUUGUUAAUUCAUAAUGAGGAAAAUUGAUGUUAAUGCAGUCAUGACA